AUUAAAACAGGAGAGUGAUGCCUGCGGAGGAUCGAGGCCACACUCUUCCGGACGAAUUUUCGACCGGUUGAAAAAUUUUACCGGACAUUUCGCUCAUACGUGCCUUUGAACUGCUAAACGUCUGAUUUCUUUGUACGGUUAAGGUAGUUCCGUGUGAACAGAAAACCUAAACGCGUAAAUUUCAACUAGUCGAAAAAUCGUCCGACGCACCUUGUGAACAUAAUUCUACAAUUAUUUUGGGACUUUCAUUACUGGCCGCUUAAUCAUGAAGUUAAACCUAACUCAAACAAAUAUGGUCCUAAUUAAUAGACUAUUACGGCUGCAACUGUCAGAACUGUUUAGAACCAUUAACUCAAGCGUCACGUUCACUCUUGCUGUUAAAAGGGUCAGACUUUAAGGAAAGGACAUCAUUUAGUGGGAGUACAUACGAAACUUGAUUUGAACCGUUUUCACUGAAAGUUUAUCCUUAUGAUUCCAAACGUUUACGUUGAACAACGUCAGUCCAGGGAAUGAAAUCCGUUGCAAACUUGAGCAAAAAAUUUUCAGCUCUCUGCUUCCUUCAAGAUAUCCUUCAAGACAACGAAGCAGCUCAGUAUUUGUUGGAAAGGUAAGCGCUAAGUUGUUGUGAGAAAAAACAACGAUAAACCUUUAAAACAAUUCCUAUCCUCGCAUGAUCGCGAAGUCAUCUUGUUAAUAGUCACCGCCGCACAGUUAAACCUCGCUGAAUUUUGUCUUUCUUUUAAAGAGAAGCUUAAAUUCGCCAUACCUUGCAAAAGAGAAGAUUUUAAGAAGAUACAAUGUACAGCAGGUUUUUAUCGCCAUACCUUGCAGAAAGAGGUUUUAAGACGCUACAAUUUUUAUUUUGUGUGUUCUUUUGUAACAAGAAAUUUGAAAAAUAUCUUCAUCUUUUUAGGUUUUGAAUAAUACUAGAUCGGCGAGCGUUUAAAAAUUCAACAAAGGAUAAGUAAGAAAAUACCAAGUAACAACCCAAACAGUAUGCAAUGGAACAAAACAUCAAAGGAUGUUGACCACAUGUUUUGAAAAAUAUAUGUUUCGUUUGCUUCAAAGUCCCUAUCCUUUAACGGGAAACUGACUUAAAAAAAUGAUUGUGGUUACAAACCGAUAAACGGUUACAGGAAGCUAACAGAAAGCAGCUGUUAGCAAGAGUGGGUAGCACAGGUAGCACUCGCCUGAGACAGUUAGGGUGUAAAUAAUGGCCACCCACGAUGAACAGGAAAGCGCGCAUAUCCCUAAAUUUCGCUAAACCUCUCAGCACAGGCUGAGAGGCUGAAAUAAAAGAUUUUGUUCGUUCCACGUACUGGAGUCAUCGAAAAGGAAGUUCAUAUUGACAACAAGUUUAUCUCAGAGACAAUUUUUCUGAAAGGUUUAGCGAAAUUAAAAAAAAAAAUGUAUCUUGUUUACACUAUGAGAGGUCUGAGAAACAGACCUACCGUUCGUUUAAUAACUUGGUGAAUCGUUGCACGUUGCAGUGAGCAGAAGGGUUGUAGUAGCGAACUUCUCUAUCGGACUUCGUACACCAAAGAAGCUUAGAUGAAGUUUCUUCAAUCAUUGGGCAUUUUUAAUAUUCAUUCAAAGAUAUCUUCGAGGUACGAUAACUUGGAAGUUGAUUAACUUUUAUUGGCAAAAUUAGUGUGCGAUACGAUGCAGUCUCUUUGUGAAUAUUUAAUGACUUAUUCAAGUUUAAUGAAGGAAAUAUUAUUGAAACGUACCCCGGGGGUGGAGGGAGGGAGUACUCCCUACAAUGGAGGCUCCGCCCAGAAGGAAUGCAUUAUUUGGGCUUCAUGUAUAUAAAAGGGUGAGGAUUUACUAGCUGAAGUAUAUGAAAAAGUAGGGAAAUCUAUCAUUUCAGUCUGUAAAAAAGGCCUGAAGGGUUAACAAAUGCAUUUUAUGGCUGUGAAAAAGUGAAAAAAAGCAAAAACAAAAAAACGUUCUUGUUUGUGAUUUAUUCAUAGUUUAAAGGACAUUGGAUCAGAACAGCAGUUAAAAAUGUAUGCAAAGUUCCAAACUAGGUAUGUGAUAGGGGUACUUUUUCUGUCAUAAUUAAAUGGUAUACAAAAGGGUAAGGGGCUGGACCUCGGGGCGGAGCCUUCCCGUAUAAACGGCCUUUCUUGAGUACUCCCCCCUCUUGAGUACUCCCCCCUUCCCAUUGAAAUAAACUUUCUACCAGGUGAUCCAUUACUUCUUAGUGACUUGCAGUUCAAUGAGCGCUAACAAUAACAGCUAAAAUUCACAUAUAUUUUUUUGUCCUCAGUUUUCAGUCAACCUAUUCAUCAUACUCUCCCCUUAACCGCUGUUUUUGAUUUUUUCUUUCCACAGGUGAAAGCAAGGGGUUUAUUUCAGCGUUAACAAAAGUAUCAAGAAAUUAAAGUUAAGGUGAGCACUCUAUUGAAGAAUUGUUGUCAAUGUACAAUCUCCAUGCUUGAUAUUUAAGGAGUCAACUUCAGUCCUCUUAGUCCACCUUCUAAUUAACUUCCUUUUUUCAACUAACCAAACUUUAUUCGAUUUCUUUCUGAAGGGAGGAGAAAAGAGAAUUAAAAGAAAACAAUGAGUUCCAUAACGCUCUCUUCAGCCGAGUGCAGCACAUGGUAUGCCGUAUUCCUUACUAUAGCUGUUGCUGUGGUUGCAGUGAACCUCCUAUCAAUCAUCCUUUUUGUGAAGAACAGUAAUCUUCGCACUCGUACCAUGCACUUGGUUAUAAACUUGACCGUGGUUGAUAUGUUUGUUGGACUAAGUUCCAUUUUCGCUGCAGUAUUACUUUUCCUCCUCUACGGUUGCGAAGCUGAAAAUGUAAUUUUGAUCAGGCCGGAAUUGCCACUUAUUUUGGUUGUGCUUUCAGUGACAGAGGUGGGGCUCCCUUUCACCUCUGUAGCAGGUAUUGCAGCAAUUUCUUUAGAGCGGAUGCAUGCGACGUUUCGUCCAUUCAGGCAUCGCAACAUCAAAAAAUGGGCCUUCGGGGUAACAAUUGCGGGCGUCUGGAUUUUAACUGCGAUGACGGUAAUUCCCUAUCCGUUAAUAGGUCUCUAUGGGAACUUGCAACAACAGUGGCAAUUGGUAUUUCCUUCGUACUUAUUGCUCUCAUAUUGCUGCCUUUGCCUUAUUGUUAUCUGUGUUUCUUACACCUCCAUUGCUUUAAAAUUUUGGUGUGGAACCCGUCCUCCGUCCCAUGGUGCGGCCAAGAGGAAUAGACAAAGAAAACUGACUGUCACAUUAUUCAUAAUGACCAUUGUAUCUUUGCUUCUGUGGUUACCAUAUGUUGUACAUACUUUUGUUCUACGUUCUGUUCUAGUUAGAUUUUCUUUCCUGACACAUUUACGCUUGAGAUUAUCUUUUUCUCUUCUAUACCACACAAACUCGCUUGUUAAUCCCAUUAUUUACACAAUCAGAAUGCCAGAGUUCAGAAGAGCUCUCUUGAUAUUAUUUAAACGUCGACAAAGACAAAAUGCUGCUAUUCCUCUUCAAGCCCGUUAA